AUGCGCGGAAACGAGCCCGGCGGGAUGUUUUUGAGCCAUGCGUUCCUGAGGUUAGUGGGCAAACCAUGGAGGCGGUCUGCAAGCAUCGCUUGUGUUUGGGCUGUCAAGCAUUGGCACUCCGGCGCUCGAACCGGAGCAUGCGUCAAAAAGGACUUUCCAGUGGACUAUGACGCCACUUGGGCAAAGCACAGGAAGCCUUGGGAGGUGUGGUUGGAUGCAUUCGAUGCGUGGGACCGCGAGAGGAAACGCUUAUGUGAGGUCUACCUCCGUCGUACAGAAGGUUUAGACGCUGCAGCUGCAGCAGAUGUCUAUCAGGGCAAGUUCCCCAGGGCACCAGCCAUGCCGGAGUCCAUGUUGGCUUUGUACCAGGCGGCCUAUGACGGUGAUAUUGUGAAGCUUGCUGAUUUGUUGGAGGAUGAGGAACUGGAUAUUUCGUGCAGGGAUCACAACCUGCAGACGCCACUCAUGUUCGCAGCAAUGGCUGGGAGCUUGGAAUGUGUCGAGUAUUUGGUGGACAUGGGCGCUGACCUUGGGAUGAUGGAUAGAAGCAAGGAUACUGCCUUCGAUUUGGCUAUUGAUGAGCAUGCAGAAAGGUUUCCAGAGCAUCCUGUGCUGCUUUUCUUCCGAGCUGUGGAAGCGCCUCGUGGGCAGGGUUUGAAAUCGAAGUUGCCCAGCCGAUGA